ACAAGGACAGUUAGUAAUAUCUGGGUUUACUGGUACAAGAAGGUGCUUUCAAGUAGAUUAAAUACCAUUGUUAAUGUCAAUUCUAUUUGGAGUAUUAUUAUUUUCACCUGCACUGCUGUCAUCUGGAAUCCACAGCCCGGCUGUGUCCCGUAGCUAUAGAUUUGGUCUGGAGGGCUGUGAAAGACGAUGCAUCUGGUACUCAGGGUACUGUGUUUCUCUCUGCUCAUACCGGGCUGUCUGAGUAGCACUGGCGAGAUAGCGAUAGGCUGUGCGCAAUGGAGAACCUCUGCUGGUUCUCCGGAUAUCUGCUGUGAAAGCUGCCAUCCAGGGAACCGUCUGGUGACUCCCUGUGGUCCAGACCCGAAAAAGCUGUGUGUUCCCUGUAGGAAUGAGACCUACACAACUGACACGACAUCACUCUCCUGUCGCAGGUGUACUCAGUGCGUAGGUGGGGCACUGACCCUUAAGAAGGCCUGUACAAGAAGCAAGGACACAGAGUGUGACUGUAAGGCAGGACUCAGAUGUGGUGAUGGCCACUGCUCCUUUUGUGUCCAGGAGUGUGGAAAGGGCCAGGAACCUCUUCCCGCUGCACGCUCCUGCCGGAAUUGUCCAGUUGGGACCUUCAGUGACCAAAUCCAUGAGAAGUGUAAGCCUUGGAGAACAAGCUGUCCCCAUCCCCAUGAACACAUUGUGGCCUUUGGAGAUGCAGUUAGUGACAGCAAGUGUGGCAUUACCAACAAUUCAAUCCCACAAGUGAUUACCUUACCUACGAAACGAGGCUCUGAAGAUGGCACAGGGCUGGUUUGGGCUAUAACGGCCUCGUGUGGAGUCUUUAUCAUCCUUAUUAUCUUGUUUCUGGUCAUCAUCAUCAACAACAACAAAAGGAAACCAGAGAAGACAACCCACAAUGAGCCAAACCUUAUUGUGCCAACUCCUCCUACAGAUGAGCCGAGGAGCCUGAUAGAGGUCAGUUUCCACCACCCUCAGCAGGAACAGGGCAGCAGUUCUGAAACACUGCACUCCCAGGACUCUGAGACCAAGCUCCUGCCUGUGUGAUUGGGAGUGGCGAGGUUAUACCAGGUCUGAUCUCCAGGCCACUACCUCACACACUGGCUCUCUGAUGCCUUUCCAGUGAUUGGCCAACACAUCGUUCCAGUACUGUUAGACUGAUUGUUCAUGCCACACGCUGUCACUAAGGAAUUGAGAGGUUCAGAUACUUUAAUACCCCAGCAUUUGUUUGUAUCUUACAUGCACAUUCAAAGAUGUGAAUAUUGAGAUCUCUAUUUAACAAUGACUUUCUGUGAAAGUAUACCAUUUAUGUCAGCCAGUAAACUGAUAUUCAAAUGUCAGUAGUGGUGGGGAAGUUCAGGGGGAAAAACGUUGUCAUUAUUUGACCUAUUCAUUAGUUAGACUCCCCAGCAGUUACUGUAUCAAGUGUCUGCUGCUGGAUUAGUUCAACUAUGUACUUGUACAUUUCCUGGUUUUAUUAGCAUAGUUUCCUGUUAAUACAGUUUAGAUGACCUAAACGUGAUGACAUGCUACACUUGACAUUUGUAUGUGUGAGGAUGUGAGCAGAGUCAUGCCGUUUUCGUAUAAUACAGCGCAAUGUGGGGUUGCAGCAACAGUGUAAACCACAGGCAGCGAGAUGUGACUGCCCACAUUCCUCCCACUGCCUCGUAUCGUAUUCACGUAUUUCCUGUAAGGCUAAACUCCGCUGCCCACAGUUACUGAUCAGAAGUAAAUAUCCCUAUUUAACAUUACUGUGACACCUGAUUAAUUACAGCAAGGACAAAAGGUAUUUUUCUCAGCACUUUGUUAGGAAUGUGCCAAUGUGAUACAGUACGGGACUUGGAGCAGCGUUUUGUGUGAAAGUACUGCUUGUAUUGAAUGGGAUAAGAGUGAAGGACAUGUGUGGGAAACAAUAUGUCAUAUUCUUCUCUAUGAUACACUGCCAGAAAGUGAGGGGUCUGGACUUUCCUCAAAUGUAGUAGGGGAUGCUAAAGGUCAGGGAGUCCUCUCAUGUGGGGCUUUCCCCAGCCCUUUACACAGAAGCUUAUCUAAUAUCAUUGGAACCAUAAAUUAACUAAUACAAAUGUAAAUUGUACUUGACACGCAAUUUAUAAUGUAGGCAGUAGGCAUUGCAAGUGAUUCCAAAGGGCUACCUUUAACCUCGUUUGAUUAAACCCUUUCACCACUGUAGUUUUGCAAUCACAAGCAUUGUUUGUGGCUGUUCCUUUGGCUUGCUUAUACAUGCAUGUUAAUUCAAGCCAUUUUUUCCUGGUUGUAAAUAAUGGCUUUCACAAGGUAUCCUACGUGCUGUACAAUGGGAUGACAGAUCUGUGAUAAAAGUGUCUGCCACGCGAUGCCUCCCUGUGGGCUCUCCACUAAGCAGAGCUGGGAAAGCCCAGGGAUUCUGAUGUGUCAUAUUAAUCAUGUAGUACCAUCACUGCUGGGAAUGUACACAAUGAAACUGGUCUGACUAAAGCUCACGGGAUCUCGUUGGAAUGCUGAAUUACACAGUGCAGGGAAGACAUGAAUGUUAAAAAGAGCACCUCAGCCAGAGGAUUGUGUAGAAACAUUGGUCAGAUCUGUACUCAUGUAACCUGGACUUGUCAUGUGUGCAGAGGAGUAGCGUAUCAGUGGAGUUACAGACGUAAGGGUGUCUGAACUGUAUCUGUAUUUAGCUGGUGUGACAGGCAUAGGCCACUGAGAUGGAACGUCUCACAUUCACAAUAGGGGCCAUAAUUGCCUACAUGGUGUAAAAUGUUAACCCACACCCAUGGAGUGGGCUUAUAACAGUAGAGGUGUUAAUGAGUCAUCACCGCCACAGACUGUCAGUCAUCUGAGGACAGGGUUUUUAAAGAGCCAGUUACUGAUGGAUUAUUGAGUGGCAUUCAUGCGAAUAUGUACUUGGACUGGCAGGCUCCUAGGACUUUCUAUGCCUUGUAUACAAUAUGUUAUAGGCCAUGAUAAAAUGGUACUGAUUGAAUAAGUACUGUAAUAUUGUUGUUUUGAUAUUAAAGAACUAGUAAAUACCA